AUGGCAAAUUCAUCAGCGUCCAAACUCGCAAAAUUAGCGCCUACACAAGAAGAGAGUGACAGGAUUAGCAACUUACCAGAUCAUCUUCUUCACCACAUCCUUUCUUUUCUUCCGAUCAAGCAAGCCGUUGCCACAAGUCUGAUCUUGUCCAAGAGAUGGGCACUGCUAGGGCUAGACAUGCCCAUUCUCGAUAUUAAUGACUCUGCAUUUCCUCUUCUCGUCUCUUUCAUUCAAUUCGUAGACGCAGUCGUGUUCUUGUCAGAUUCGAAGACCAUAAACAUGUUUCGCCUCAAAUGUCAGAAAUUCAUAGUUCCCCGUUUCAAGAUUAACCUUUGGAUUAACGCAGCCAUCAAUAGUAAAGUCCAGCAUCUCGAGCUGUGUUUUGCAAAUUUUAAUAACGACGUUGAUUUGCCUACUCGCCUUUUCCAUAACAGUACCAUUAUGGUUUUAAAGUUGUCUAGGGUUUUCCUGAAUGCUCAAUCUACUGUUAAUUUGCCUUCACUUAAAGUAAUGCAUCUGGAGAAAGUUCAAUUUAAAAGCCCUGAAUCUGCAGCUAAUAUCUUUAAUGGAUGUUCUCAUCUUGAAGAAGUGGUGUUGAAAUGUGAGCAUUUAUCUGGGACCUCCAAAAUUAGAAGGUUGGAACAUUUGGUGUCAGCAGAACUUCGACCACCCCACGUUCGGUUGACAGCUUCAAUUUUUCGGUUGACAGCUUUUAGCAAUGUCAGGUCUCUCCGGUUUGUUGAGGACUGGUGGGUACCUCAUAAAAAUGCAAUUCCAACAUUUUAUAAUUUAACUCACCUGGAAUUGUCAUGGAUUAUUACUCAUGACGCGAAUCACUUUGUGGAAUGUCUUGAAAGAUUCCCAAAACUUGAAGCUCUUGUCAUUCAUAAGGAGAAGGAAGAUGGACGACGCAAUGCCUGA